UCUCUACACAGUACAGUGGGGUCUGCAGGUAGGCCACUGUUGUGUGUGUGUGUGUGUGUGUGUGAGAGAGAGAGAGAGCGAGAGACAGAGAGAGACAGGCGGCUGAGUCGUUUCUGUGAGCGCGUGGACUGCACCAUCGCAUUCCGUACCCAGGAUACUGUCACCAGCCAUGCCUUUACCCAGUAAGGUGCACCUAUGUUAUUUGAUCUCUGGUAUACCGAUGCAACAUUUCUGAUUUGCAACACCCGUUUUUCACGCUCGACCAAGUCCUUGUUUGAAGGAUUUGAAGACAUCGAUGAUGGCCCUGGUGAUGGAACCUAUAAGCAAAUGGACACCUAAGCAAGUGCUGGAUUGGAUGAAAGGCCUGGAUGACUGUCUGCAGCAGUACAUUAAGAACUUUGAGAGGGAGAAGAUCAACGGGGAGCAGCUGCUCCACAUCACCCACCAGGAGCUGGAGGAGCUGGGGGUCACCCGCAUCGGACACCAGGAGCUCAUUCUGGAGGCUGUGGACCUACUCUGUGCCCUGAACUAUGGUCUGGAGACUGAGAACCUGCGUACCCUAUCCCACAAGCUCAAUGCCUCAGCCAAGAACCUGCAGAACUUCAUCACAGGGAGGCGUCGAGGCGGCCAUUAUGAUGGCAGGGCCUCACGCAGGCUGCCCAACGACUUCCUCACCUCCGUGGUGGACCUCAUCGGAGCAGCCAAGAACCUGCUGGCCUGGCUGGACAGAUCCCCAUUUGUCAGUGUGACAGAGUACUCCUUAUUGAAGAACAACAUUGUUCAACUGUGCCUGGAGUUAACCACCAUAGUACAACAGGACUGCACGGUGUAUGAGACAGAAAACAAAAUUCUUCAUGUGUGUAAAACACUGUCUGGGAUCUGUGACCACAUCAUCUCGCUGUCCUCUGAUUCGCUGGUGUCCCAGUCAGCCCAUCUGGAGGUGGUGCACCUGACCAACAUCCUGCCCAGCGAGGGCCUGGGAAUGUACAUCAAAUCUACAUACGACGGCCUUCAUGUCAUCACUGGGACCACUGAGAACUCUCCAGCUGACCAGUGCAAGAAGAUCCAUGCGGGAGACGAGGUUAUUCAGGUCAACCACCAAACUGUGGUGGGCUGGCAGCUGAGGAACCUGGUGAAUGCCCUCAGAGAAGACCCCAAUGGAGUCAUCCUCACCCUGAAGAAGAGACCUCAGAACACUCUCACAUCUGCCCCUGCCCUGCUCAAGAAUGUACGAUGGAAACCCCUUGCACUCCAGCCCAUCCCCACCAGUCCCAACAGUGACUCCAACACCCCACCCAACAGCAUGGGGACCUUGGAGAUGUCCUCUACGCUGGACAGUGGCCAUGACGUCUUCAUCCUGUCCCCAGUCUCUGGCCUCUAUGGACACAGAGACGAGAUAGGCAUCAUGUCCUGCGAUGACAUCAGCAAGUACAGCAUGGAGAAGAUGGGUAUGAAGGGCUCGGAGUCUCCCAGCUUCUACCUGGACCACGAUGGGGGCAAGUACUUCACGUUGGUGGAGGAGGACUGUCUGGCCCUUGGGCAGGAGUACGAGACUAGGGGUCGCUCCACGGGGGUCCGGCGGAGGGACAGGACACCCACCCAUGGUGACCUCAGGCCAGUUUCCAUGCCAACGGAUUACAACUGGAUGGCAGAGACAAAGGAGCCAAAUAUGUACAAGAGAGGUAGCAGAGACUCAGACAACUCCCUGCUACGUUACCUGAGCGAUGACAAGAUCCUGGUGAUCCAGGAGGAGCCGGAUGUUUCCCGGGAAUGCAAGCGGGACACUGGGCGGCGUUCCCGCAAGAAGAGCCACAAUCCCAGCAGCCCCAGCUAUCCCAUCAGCCCAUCCAUGCUGGCCCCGCCCGUUAGACUGGACUCAGGACCCCCAGAGGGCCUGUCCUUCUCACUGCCUGAGAGCAACACUGUGCCAAUGUACCACAGAGCUGGAGACACACUGAGAGCUGACACUGACAGGUAUGCUAGUUUUGGCAUCGAAAGACAAGGAGGCUCAUCCAUGAGGAAGUCAUUUCACUAUGCGUCUUUAAGGACUAAGACCAAAAAGAGAACCAAAGGUUCUCUGACUAGCGCUAGCCGUAGGCGUAUCUCCUGUAAGGACCUGGGCCAUGGGGACUGUGAGGGCUGGCUGUGGAAGAAGAAGGAUGCCAAGGGCUACUUCACCCAGAAGUGGAAGAAGUACUGGUUCAUCCUCAAGGACUCCUCGCUCUACUGGUACACCAACCAGAAUGACGAGAAGGCUGAAGGUUUCAUCAGCCUACCUGAGUUCCGAAUAGAUAGAGCAAUUGAAUGCAGAAGGAAACAUGCCUUUAAAGCCUGCCAUCCCAAAAUCAAGAGUUUCUUUUUUGCCACAGACUGUUUGGAGGAGAUGAACAGAUGGAUGAACCGGCUGGGGCUGGCGGCGAUUGGCUACACACCUGACGAUAAGGUUCCACGCCCUGAUGAAGAUUACUGGAGUGAGAGUGACCAGGAUGAGAUGGAUGGUUCUAUGACCCUGAAACAAGAGGGCAUGUCAUCUCGCUGUGACACCUACCACCGCACCCCGUCUGUGAACUCCUCCAGUCCGUUCCCUGAGCGCCACUUCUCCAGUGAGUCCACAUACUCCCACUCCUCAGCUGAGGACUCCCGUCCGGACGUCCCCGGGAGCACCCACUCCUCUGGCUGCCGCCCCACCCUCCGCGACACCCAACGCCGCUCCUGGCAGGACCUGAUCGAGACGCCCCUCACCAGCUCGGGCCUCCACUUCCUGCAGACCGUGCCGGGGGAGGGUGACGGGGGCUACGGCAGCGGCCACAUGGGAAUGGGUCAGCUGCUCAUGUCCCCUGAGCGCCGGCGCCAGGCCACACUGCCCGCCCAGAGGCGCCGACAACCUGACAGAGAUGGGCCCUUCCCAUUGGUGGACAUAGAGGAACGCGAACAGCGCCUUCACUGUGCCCACAAGCAGCGCAGCCAGAGCCUGCCCCGGAACAGGGACGUGCAGGGCACCAAGGGCAACCUGUGCUCAGCAGGACCCUCAGAGGAGAGGAGUGAGGACGACGAGGUGCCAUUCAGAAAGCACAACUCCAAGAAACACCAAGAUUCUCGGUCUAAAGAGCGAGGUCAUGAUCAUGAGGGAGUGGAUGGCUUUCAGGAGCUGUAUCGCUCCAUAGAGCGGGCCAGCCUGUCUGCCAUGGGGGAGCAGAGGCCCUCUACCAAACAGGAGUUCAGACGCUCCUUCGUCAAGCGCUGCAACGACCCUGUCAUCAACGACAAGCUGCACCGCAUUCGUGCCCUGCACAGCACACUCAAGGCCAAAGAGGGUGAUCUGGCCAUUAUCAGCCAAGUGCUGGACGACUCCGGUCUAAGCUCCCAGAAGUUCCAGCAGUGGAAGCAGCAGCACCAUGAGCUGUUUGUGGACAUCUGUGAGUUCAGCUCCGCCCCGACAGAGCCUCACCCCGAGGGGUCCGACCUCUCACCCCUGUCCCCACCACUGAUGAUGCACACCCACUCCUUCAUCGAAACGCACGUUUGAGACACGAGUGCUCAGAGACAGAGUAACAAGGAGACACUGUGGAAUCAUGCCAUUAUCUCUUCCCCCCCCAAUCGUUCAUGCAGUCAGGGUCUACCGUCACCAUUCACUAACUGACAAACCAAUCACUGUAAUAUGUGUACAUACUGCGCUGAGGUUAAACAUAAGAGAGUAACGGUCGGUGUAUAUACUGUAUAUUGGAUAAAAUAAGGCCCCCACAGGGUGCCAUUCUGCAUGCCUGAAGAGAAACUAUCAUCCAUUAUCUUUAAAACAGAAAAUGCAACAAAUGAUAGAUUGAAAGAGAACUUAACAACAAAAAGACAAUAACUGUUUUUGGCUGAUGCAAUGCAUUUUUUUCUUCUAUUGUCUUUUUUCUUAUUUCAUUGCUUGCUUAAGAGGAAGUGAGUUUAGUUUUUAUUAAAUGUUUUAUUUCCCCUUUAAUGCUGCUUUAAGAGAGAGCUAUGUAGCGACUAGCUAAUAGGCAUCACUGAUUACAACAAUGCACCCCCUACUGGGGAACCAUGGUACUGUGUGACCCUGAGUCUCUGGAAAGAAAGACCCAAUAUGUGUAAAAGUGUGGAGAGGAGAGGGGUGUGUUAGGAAGAGAGAGUGAGAGAUGGAGGUAUUUGGGCUUUUAGUGUAUGAAGCUCAGUAGAGUUUUAUAAUGCAUUUCUGUUGUAUGUACGGAUGUUGCAUGUUUAACAUGUAUGCAUAAUUAUGUACAUUAUGUACAUUUUGUUUAGCCAAACACAGCUCACCGGAAUGAAACUUUUUACAUUUAUUGAUAUGUCUCUUUGUAGCUAUUAUGAUUUUGCCCAUCAUUAUAGAAUUUGUUGGUGAAAUUUAUUUUUGAAAUCAAACAUCUGCAUGGUAGUAAACAUGUACAUGUGGCCAUUGGGGUUGAGAAAUGUGUUAAAGAAAAAUAUUAUUGUUUGCAUAGCAGCACCCUCUAUUUAAAACUGUGAACUAUAUACUUGUGAAUGCAAUCUUUAGAUUCUGUGACCACAGAAUUGUUUUACUUAUAUUUUUCAUAGAAAAAUGAUAUAAAACACAAAAAGCAUUGCGUCUCCUGAAUGACUGUUUUUGCUUCACUCCAGCUGUUACAGAAGUUACCUCCUGAUCUUCAGGAUUGAUUCAGGUCCUGAGUUCUGUUAAUGUAUUCUGUUCCCUUUCUGUGUCUCUGAUUUUCUAUGUGAAUGUACUGGCUUAUUUUAAAAAGGAUCACGGAAUUGUUGACAGAUAUGUAUCUGCUUAAGUUGUUUAUUUUUACAGGUUGAGAAGUAGUACUUCAAUGUGAUUGCAUUCUACCUGCGCAAAAUACAUGAUCAACAACUCAUAACACAUUUUUAAUUUUUCAAGUUUGACACUUUUUCUAGGCCUAUUUACUUGACUUUAUUUUACUUGUUUCUAUUUUAUUUCUAUAAAAUGUCAAUGAUAAUGUUUUUCUUUGCGACGCUUAAUACUUGUACCUUUGUUCCUGGCAGGAUAUUGACAUUGCUUCAAUUUACCUGCAGUUAUCAUCCAGUGAUGUGUCCUGGUACUUAAAAUGCCUUUAGGUGUCAGUACAUUUGUUAUACAGUAUAAUAUACUUCAAAUUAUACAGUAUAACUACACUGGCCUGGCUACAUGUCAUAUUAGACAUAUAGGCUACUAACACUUCUAAAACGUCCGCAGUUGUUACUCUCAAGUUGUUGCUCUCAAUUCUCAAAUUUUAUGAAUAGCAGUACAUGUAUUGUAGAAUGUAUUUCAUUUAACCAGAAUGUAAUUGUUCUCACAAUGUUUUCAAACAUUGUACAUGAAAUCUGUUCAAUCUGCCCAGGGUUCCACUGUGUUAUUUUGGAGGUGUGCACCUCAUAGUACAACUGCGCAGGUGUGUAGCUAAGAUGUAAGUUGCACUGCGACAUUAAAAAAGGAACAUAUUGCUCUUUUUUGGAAGUAUAUUAUUAUCUGUUUAUCUGUACAUUAACUUAUUAAAAAAGUGUUAUUGAGAAAGAGAAAUAAAUUUAUUCUUCCUAUGAAUCAAAAGUAGCCUUUGUUUCUCAGAAAUAUAUACAGUACGAGGUUGUAAAACUUAAGUUGUAAAACCAAUAAACUGAA